AUGUAUGGGCUGCUGUGCGAGAGCCUUCACGACUUCAUCAAGGAGUCGUACGGAGAUGACGUGUGGAAACUAGUCAGAGAGAGAGCUGAUGUCAGAUUGCACUCUUUUGUCACCCAUCAGGUGUACAGUGAGAGUGUGAUUCCCCGAAUUGCAAAAGCAGCCAGUGGAGUGACAGGUACACCCUACAAUGAGCUGAUGAACUCCUGGGGUGUGUACUUCCUGGGCUUCGUGGGGAAGUAUGGCUAUGACAGGAUCCUGAAGGUGUUGGGUCGUCAUGUCCGUGACUUUGUCAAUGGGCUGGACAACCUUCAUGAGUACCUUCGCUUCAGCUACCCCAAGGUCCAGCCCCCAACCUUCUUCUGCCAGGAGGAGUCUGCCACCGGUGUCACCCUCCACUACAGGAGUAAGCGUAAGGGCUACCUGCACUAUGCAAUGGGUCAGCUGCGGCAGAUGGGGAAGCAGUUCUAUGACACAGACAUCCAUGUGGAGGUGCUGUCUGAGCAGCUGGUGGGAGACUACUCCCAUGUCACCAUGAGGCUGAACUUUGACAACUCAGCCUACCGCUACAUCAUGAAGGAGGAUGAGGAAGAGCAGGAGAUUCUGCCCAUCACCUCAGACUUUUUCUUUGAGGUCUUCCCUUUCAACAUCGUCUUCAGACAGGACAUGGUGGUGCACAAUGUAGGUUCAGGCCUGGCUACGGUCUUCCCUGACCUGGAUGGCAAGAAGAUCAAUGAUGCCUUCCUGCUGGCUCGCCCCCUAGUGGAGUUCACCUGGAACAUGAUAAUCUCGCACCCCAACAACCUGUUUGAGAUCAUGUCCAAGGAGCCUGUGAAGAGAGAGAGGAAUCUCCACAACCGAGUCCAGAACUCUGACUAUGAGAACGCCAACCGCUCUGCUGACGUAGAUGUGGAGCUCAUGGCCUUCCAGUCCAUUAUUGGAGAUGAUUACAAAGAUGGUAAUAGUGCUAACGCUAUGGAAAGCUGGGGCGAUGGCAGCCGCUGUCUGAAACUAAAAGGACAAAUGAGAUACAUGCCCGAGUGGGAGUCCAUCAUCUUCCUCGGCACCCCUGUCAUGGAGAGUCUGAGUGCUAUGUUUAAGACAGGCCUGUACAUCAAUGACCUGAGUAUGCACGACUCCAGCAGAGAUUUGGUGCUGGCAGGCACACAGCAGUCAGAGGAGCUGAAGAGAGCUCUCAUACAGGAGCAAAAGAAAUCCAGUAAGCUAGAGGAGAGCAUGAAGAUGCUGGACUAUGAGAUGAAGAAGACUGAUGACCUUCUGUACAGGAUGAUCCCCAAGCCUGUGGCCAAGAGGCUGCGCAAAGGAGAGCCUGCUGUGAAUACCUGCGAGGUGUUCCCUGAUGUGACCAUCCUCUUCAGUGAUGUGGUGGGAUUCACCCGCAUUUGCAGCCACAUCACUCCCAUGCAGGUGGUGUCCAUGCUCAACACGAUGUACACCCUCUUUGACACGCUCAGCGAGAAGCACCGCGUCUUCAAGGUUGAGACCAUCGGAGAUGCCUACAUGGUGGUGGCUGGGGCUCCGGAAAAAACCAAGUACCAUGCCCAUAACAUCUGCGACAUGGCUCUGGACAUGGUGCGCUCCAUAGACCACCUCAAAGACCCCUCCAACGGCAACAACAUCCAGAUUCGUGUUGGGAUCCACUCUGGCAUGGUGGUGGCGGGCGUGGUGGGCCACAAGAUGCCCCGGUACGGUCUCCACGGCGACACGGUCCACACUGCAUCUGCCAUGGAGAGCAACGGCAAGGAGAUGCACAUCCAGCUCAGCAGCGCCACCUACGAGCACCUGAAAGGAAGUCACUUUAUUUUUGAAAGGAGGGGCACCAUCACCAUUAAGGGGAAUGUGGAGAUUGAAACCUACUGGCUGAAGGGCAAGAGAGAUAAGGAUGGGAACGCCCAGGCGGCGUGUCCCCAGUUUGAGACCCAGACCAUCAGCAAAGCCAUCAGCAAGGCCACCAUUUCGGCCCCCGAGGCCACAGGGGACGAAGAUGGGCUGGUCUUCCCACUGGUAGCGGGGGAGGAUGAGGAUGAUGUCAAGUCAGUUCGCUCCCAUCGUAUCAAGAUGGAGAUCUCAGGCCACUCUCUGGAGGAGUCGAUGGAGGAGUGCCGGGUGGAGGAGAUGUCUGUUCACAAGUCCCACUACAAAGAUGCUCUGCAGGACGGGCUUCAGGAUCCUCACCUGGAACUGGACUCACCCGAUUUCCAUGGCAGAGACUCCAUGAUGGAGUCGCCCUGCGGCUCCUCUGACUCCCACUGUUCUGAAAAGAGUGCCAUGUGCUCCGUGUCAUGAGCCCACACAUGUUCAUGACACAUGUCCAGAUGCUAGCUGACGCUUUAGGCGAAUAAAAAUUUAUAUUACUGUUUCUAAAGCUCUUUCACCCAAAGCACUGACCUCCAGGCCAAAUAAUAGAUAGGAAUGCUAUUUUUGCUAUCACUGUGCCUUUUGGUUUUUCUAACAUGACUUUUGAUCAGGCUCUUGUGUGAUAAUCCCAGUACAAUGAUUGUGCCUGAUCCUGCGUUAUUUGUGAAUGGACUAGCCUGACAUGCUUGAAGUUUGCAAUAGCCUUGAAUAGUAUAGAGUUUAAUAUCUCUCUGUUCACAGCAAUACAUUUUAUACCACAGAAUCAUUAGAGCUUAUUUAACUGAGAGACUGUAAAGAUCUACACCAUGCCACUGUUUAUAUAAUUUUAUACCCAUCAGUGUUAAUUUAGCACUUCUGAUAGGUUUCAACAGCCACCCCAAAGCCAUAUUAUCUCUGUGAGUGAGCAAACAGCUCUCCAAUCAACUCCAAAUAAUUAUCGCUGAAAAGUCAACACUGAUUAACACCAGGGAAUUUGCUGUGUAUUAAAUCAAAGUUGUACCAACUUGUGUGAAACCUUUGAUUACCAAAAAGUGUUCAGUGUCGUGCGGUUCGGCCGGACAUGCUCUCCUUCCCUCCAUAGCCUCUCUGGAUUGUAAUUACCUGCACUGUUUAUUCUGCUGCACCUUGUAGACUUGAUAUCUUGCUUUCUUUGUUGCGAGGAAACCGCUGCAAAUCUCUCCUCUCUCCCCUCUUCCUCUCAGAUCCCCUCCUGCUCUUGUCGCUCUCCUUCUUCUUGCGUGGCUGAAUCCAUUGUUCUAUAUCAGUCUUGUCAAACACCCAGCCACUGCACAAUGUGUGUGCUUGU